AGGGGCACGGAAAGGAAUUCAAAGCCUAUCAUAUGCCAUAUUCAGAUUACAGACCCAAAUAACUCUAUUAUAAAUAGCCCAAGCUUUAAUUAUAUAUACUAGUUGCCAUUUGGCUCUUCUCUCUGUCGUUGCAGGAUAAAACCUCUAAUCCUGUUUGCCACACAAUCUCUCCCUCUCCCUCUCCCUCUCCCUAUCCUAGUUACAGGACAGAACCUGUAAUCCUGUAAGCACGAGGGGAGAUAAGAAAUGGGUGUUACCUUUGCACUUGUUUCUUUGUUUUUGCUAUCAGUUUCAUGGGUAAGUUGUUAUGCAGCAUCUAUUCAUGAAGACUUUGGUCAGUGCAUGUCCGAGCAUUUAACUGGCAAACCCCACCCCACGGAAAACAUCUUCACUCCGGACUCGCCGACGUACAAAUCUCGGUACGACGCUGCCCAGCAAAACACCCGAUGGGUAAACUCCACAGUGCCGUUGCCAAAACCUACCCUUAUCUUAAUGCCCAACAAUGAGAGUCAAAUCCAGGCGGCUGUACUUUGCAGCAGGCAACUUGGCCUGCAAAUCAGAGUCAAGAGUGGCGGCCAUGACUACGAAGGCCAAUCAUACCUCAGCAAGACACCUUUCAUCAUCAUCGACCUGGUCAAUAUGCGAUCCAUUGACAUCAAUGUGGAAGAACAAACUGCGUGGGUUCAGACUGGGGCAACUCUUGGAGAACUUUACUACAAUAUUGGCACCAGAACGAAUACCCUUGCUUUUCCUGGAGGGUUAUGCCCUAGUGUAGGCACUGGUGGACACAUUAGCGGUGGAGGACUUGGCGUUCUGCUAAGAAAGUUUGGCCUUGCAGCGGAUAAUGUUAUAGAUGCUAGCAUAGUUGAUGUCAAUGGACGAAUUCUUGACCGAAAGACAAUGGGCGAGGACUUGUUUUGGGCCAUAAGAGGAGGUGGAGGGGCAAGCUUCGGAGUCAUACUUUCCUGGAAGCUAAAGCUGGUUCAAAUUCCAGCCACAGUGACAUAUUUUAAUAUUGGUGUGUUUGGAAUCGAAAACGUUACGAAAUUAGUAUAUAAGUGGCAACGUAUUGCACAUAAACUACCCAAAGAUCUCUUCAUCAGAGGCUUGGUGGCAACAAAAAAGACUCUUGAUGAAAAUAAGGUGAUUAAGGAUAAGACAAUCAAAGUUCAGUUUGAGUCGCUCUUUCUUGGAAGCAAAUGGGAUCUAAUUCCAUUACUAAACAAGACGUUUCCUGAGUUGGGAGUGAAGCAAGAGGACCUCCAAGAAAUGACAUGGGUCCAUGCGGCAGCAUUCCGGCUUGGAGGCGGCGACGAGACGGAGAACACCUUGGACAUGGUUUUAUUGAACAGAACUGACAUUUACAGGUCAAGUUACAAGGGGAAAUCAGACUUUGUGACGACCCCGAUUUCACCAGAAGGUUUGGAAGGUAUAUGGGAGAAAUUUUUGGAAGAAGACACUCAGGUAUACAUGAUAAUUGAUCCUUUUGGUGGGCAGAUGGACAACAUUUCAAAGUCUGCACUGCCAUUUCCCCACAGGAAGGGCACUUUGUACAACAUACAGUACUUGGUGAAAUGGUACAAUAACAACGCAACCACAUAUUCAAGACAUCAAAAGUGGAUGAAGGACCUGUAUGAAUACAUGGCCCCUUAUGUUUCUCAAUCUCCUAGGGCUGCAUACCUGAACUAUAAGGAUCUCGACCUCAGUUCGAACCAGGUGGGGAACACAAGCUAUGCACAGGCUAAGGUUUGGGGGGAGAAGUACUUCAAGGGUAACUUUGAGAGGUUGGCAAGAGUGAAAAGCAUGGUUGAUCCAAGCAAUUUCUUCAGAAAUGAACAAAGCAUCCCACUUCUCCCUACAAAGGGGACAAAACAGUUCCAUUAGAGAAGCAUGGCUAGUGGCUUCUUGUUGAAGAUUGUAUUACGUUACAAGUUUACAUUCUUGAAUUCAAGUUCAACCCAUGAAUGGGUCUUUAAG